AAAAUGAGAAUAAGACAGAUAAGUGUGUAUCAGCAAACUCAAGCUCUUCUGUGUAAGAAUUUUCUUAAGAAAUGGAGGAUGAAAAGAGAAAGUGCAUUGGAAUGGGGCCUCCCAAUACUGCUAGGACUGUAUGUGGGUCUGCUUUCAGGAGUCAGAGAAAAUGCCCAGUUACCUGAGAUACCUCCUCAAGAUCUGGGAAGGAUAGACAAAUUUAAUAUCUCUUCUAUAAUAAUUGUGUAUAUGCCAAUCUCUAAUAUAACGCAGAAGAUAAUGAAUACAACAGCAUUUGCUCCCUUAAUGAAAGGAACGAGAAUCAUUGGGGUACCAGAUAAAAAAGAUAUGGAUGAAGUACUUUUUGAGUAUUUCCCGCAUGCAAUGGGAAUCAUCUUUAGUGACACUUUCUCUUACAAGUUAAAAGUUUCUCGAAGAUAUGAUGUUCCAUUUUUGAGAGAUGAUUUAACAGGUCAUUGUUGGGAAAUAUAUGGUGAAUAUUCAUGUGUAUUGUCCAAAUACUGGGAAAGAGGAUUUGUGACUUUGCAGACUAUCAUUAAUGCUGCUAUUAUAGAAGUCACAACAAAUCACUCUGUGAUAGAUGAGUUGAUGUCAGUCACUGCCAUAAAUAUGAAGACAUUACCCUUUAUUUCUAAAGACAUUUUUCAACGUGAGAUGUUCAUUUUAUACUGUUUGCUUUAUUUUUUCCCAUUUACAUAUUUUGUAUCACUCAAUAUUACAAAAGAGAGGAAAAAGUGUAAGGAACUGAUGAAAAUGAUGGGUCUACAUGAUUCAGCUUUCUGGUUGUCCUGGGGUUUAAUGUAUACCACCUUCAUCUUCAUCAUUUCCAUAUUCAUUACAAUUAUCAUAACAUCCACCCAAGUUAUACUCAUGACUGGCUUUAUGGUCAUAUUUACACUCUUAUUCUUAUAUGGCUUGUCUUUGCUAGCUCUAUCAUUCCUGAUGAGCGUGCUGUUACAGAAAGCUGUCCUCACAAAUUUGUUUGUGUUUCUCCUCACCCUCUUUUGGGGGUUUGUGGGAUUCACUGCCUUCUAUAAACAACUUCCUCCAUCUGUACAGUGGAUUUUGAGUAUUUGUAGCCCUUUCGCCUUAAGAGCUGGAAUGACUCAGGUAAAAGCAUUGCUAAUUAAUUAUUGAACU